AUAUAUAUCCAUUUAAUUUGUGUGUCAUAUUUUCACGUGCGUGUUUGGCAUUUAAUAUUUAAAAGGAAUUAGAAAAAUAGUAACUAAUAAUACAAAAUAAAUAUAUAAUUAAUUUUUGUGAUUAACCAGUGAAAGUUUUGCAGUGCAAUUUUUCAACCAUUCACUCUAAAAGAUUGAAAAUUAAAGAAAUUAUAUCCAAAAAUUUAGUGAUGGAACUUGAUCAACUUGAUGAAGGACGAUAAAAAGGACCUUUAUCAAAAAAAGAAUAGGGUUUGAAGGAUAUUUAAGUGACCUCGAGACAUUUUUUCAUAAAACAGUUAAACUUUUCUUAUUGAAUAUCAAUAGAAAAACAAUUUAAAAAAUAUAUUAACUAAUCAUUGUAAUAUAUGUGCAUGUUCAUCAUUGUCAGACUGAUUUGUAAUGUCAUCAUUUUCAAUGUGACGUGUAAUUCUUAUUUAUAAGUGUAGUGAUUAUAUAUCAUUGAAAAGUGUAAUUUUCUAAACAAGAUUUAACAUCAUUUUCUACAUGAUUUUAAUCUAAUUUAAUUGAAUUAUAUACGUGUAAGUGGAGCGAAUAUAUAAUCGCGCGGUGAAAAAUAGAUUAAACAUAACCUCAAAUUAUUUCGCAAGUUUUAAGGGAAAAAAAGAUGUUAAAUAUUCGAAUUAUUAGAAGUACAAUAUAUUAAGGUGUUAUAAAUUUCAUAAAUUUUGGUGAAAUAUCUUAAGACUUGAUAUUUUUUUCUAAGAAACAAAUGAAAUAUGUAUAGUUUCGAAGGUGACUAUAGACGUAAACCACAACAAAAUUUAGCAGGAGCAAGUCGUCGAGAUGAAAAAGCUGCACUUUUACAGCAUGCUCAAUUAGAACGUUCAAAGAGAGAACAACAGCGGAGAAAGCAUAAUGCCGUUGUUAAAAUACAAGCCUACAUUCGAAGCUUUGUUACAAGACAAUUAAUGAAAAAAUGCCAGAGAUAUGAAUUUGAUAAAAUGCAACAAUCAUUGGGAAAUAGAGUAUUAAACAUAGAGGAAUUAGUCAUUUAUAUUCGGAAAAUUCUAUUUUUCUAUCAACCAACUGAAGAUUCGAAUAGAUUUAUUUGGCUCCUACAACAAUUUCUCAAACUUCAGAAAGAAAUAAAGACGAAAAUUAAUUCUUCCAACGAAUGGUUAUGGAGAGUUCGAUGGAUCUUGAGGCUGUGCCUGAGAUUUGUCGUUGACAGUAUAUCACCAGAUAAAGGACAAGCAAUUGCGAUUCCAUUACGUGUUUUAGAAACGUUUACACUUCUCGAUAAUUUGGAAAACAAUCAUCAACAUUUAAAGGAAAUAUUUGCCUAUUUAUUGAAAAAUAAUUAUUACGAGCAAAUGAGACGAUUGAUAGAUACAAAAAUACCGCCAAUUGAUAUUGUAUCGUCCGUACCUCCAAAUCCAAUGUCAAAAUGGAUUUUUGAUAUGAUUCAAAGACCACUCAGUAUAAUCUAUCAUAUGAAUCAUUUAAAUGAUUUUUCAUUUCUCACUCUAAGGGAAUUGUGUGCCAGUAUAUUGUCGCAAAAACUUACAGAAUCUGUUACUGGCUUUAUAUUUCCUGCUUUGAUCAAUUCGAAGGAAUUUCCAUUUGAUAAACUUAUUACCAGCAUUCAAUUUCUUAAUAUUCCGCCUUCGUUGAAUUUACUCUAUUCUAUUCUCAGUUUGGAAACGACGGGAUUUUCACCGGGGAAAUCGAACGACGUUUUAAUAGUCUAUCUACAAGUUUUGGCUUCGAUGAGUACAACAAUUAAUCCUCCGCCUACUCGACAGACAUUAGAGACUGAAGAUUCGGACAGUGAUUCAGAAACGAAGUUACCAGACAAUAGUGAAGCUGAAUUACAACAAAAAUGCGUUGACAUUCUCAAUGAAGAGCAUCGUGUACAGGGAAUUUUAUCAGCAGUGGAAAAUUGCAACGAUCCAAAUGUAAUGCAACCGUUGUGUCAGCUUUGUCAUAAUUUACUCAUUACUCACAAAUCUGCAAUUCACAAGUAUAAAUUAUUGUACAUGUUGGCAUUCAAACCGGCUUUCUUGAGAGAUCUUUGGAAUACUCUAUUGACAAUUAAUCAGACAUCAUUAUUCGGUGGAUCGACGCCAUUGCUACAUAUUAUUUCACGUGGAAUUGCACUCUCGCCGGAUGAUGCAAAGAAAAUUGUCCCCCUAUUGGCCGUAUUCUGUUCGUUGUUUAGUUUAUUAAUCGCCACUUUACACGACACCGAAUUCUUUCACGAUGGCUCGGAGACAACAUCGAAUUAUGGCCAACAGGCAAUGCCAUUCACGACAUCAACACUCGUUCCGUUAUCGAAUCAUUUGAAGGGCAUUUGCCUUGGGCUGGUGGAACUCGCCUUUCCUGACACACGUCCCUCAGUUCGGGACGAUUACAAAAAUGUUGUACUUGGACUCUCGUCGACAAUUCAGUCCGAGCAGAAUACACACAUGUGGACACAUUUAUUUAAAGUCACGGUGGGAUUAUUGAGACAGUUGCACACUCGUGAUUUGAGGAGGCAAUUCUGUCCGGAUGGUCAUUGGAUUGCUUCGAAUAUUGUUAUACCAACUGAUAAGCCGCAAGAUUUUACGAUUCGUCGCCGAAGACUGAGGAGUUAUAUUCCAUUUCAGGGUUUGAGAAAUUUUACACGCGAGGAAAUUGAGGAGGGACCGCCAAUGUCGACGAAGGAGGUUCGUACGUUGACUUUACUCAGGGAAAUUCCCUUUGUCGUGCCGUUCAGCGAUCGUGUUGUUGUUUUUCAAUCGCUCGUCUAUCGUGACAAAUUGGAGCAGCAGGGUGAAUUGACACACUUUAUGCAAGGACCAUCGAUUCAGAUAUCGGUGCGCAGGAAUUAUUUAUAUGAAGAUGCAUUCGAUAAAUUGUCACCUGAAAAUGAACCCGAAAUGAGACUAAAAAUGCGUGUUCAAUUAGUGAAUACCGCUGGUCUAGAGGAAGCGGGCGUCGACGGUGGGGGAUUGUUUCGUGAAUUUCUCUCUGAACUUCUAAAAACAAGUUUCGAUCCAAAUCGCGGUUUCUUUCGAUUGACAAAGGACAAUAUGCUCUAUCCAAAUCCAACGGUACAUUUACUUGUUGAAGAUUUUCCGAAACAUUAUUAUUUUAUUGGGCGGAUUCUCGGUAAGGCGUUGUAUGAAAAUUUACUUGUAGAAUUGCCAUUUGCGGAAUUUUUCCUCUCGAAAAUUGUUGGCACACAAUCGGACGUCGAUGUUCAUCAUUUGGCGUCAUUGGAUCCAAUAAUGUAUAGAAAUUUGCUUUACUUGAAAAGUUAUAAGGGCGAUGUGACAGAUUUGGGUCUUGAUUUUACAGUGCUGUCGGAUGAAUUGGGCGAGAGAAGAGUUGAUGAAUUGAAAAGUGGCGGUGUUAAUAUUCCAGUUACGAAUCAUAAUAGAAUUGAAUAUAUUCACUUGAUGGCGGAUUAUAAAUUAAAUAAGCAAAUUCGAGCACAAUGUUAUGCUUUUAAGCAGGGAAUUGGAAAUGUCGUUCCACUUGAUUGGCUACAAAUGUUUAAUAAUAAAGAAUUGCAGGUAUUAAUUUCGGGUGCACAAAUUCCCGUUGAUGUCAGUGAUUUGAAAUUACAUACUAAUUAUACUGGCGGUUAUACUCUUGAACAUCCGACAAUUACGGCAUUUUGGAAAGUUGUCGACGAAUUUAAUGAUCAACAAAAGAGUCAAUUACUUAAAUUUGUCACCAGUUGCAGUCGACCACCACUUCUUGGAUUUAAGGAAUUGGAUCCUCCGUUUUGUAUACAACAUGCCGGAAGUAUUGAUCGUUUACCAACGUCCAGCACCUGCAUGAAUUUAUUAAAACUACCAGAAUUUCCUGACGAGAAAACAUUACGUGAAAAACUUUUAUACGCCAUUCAAGCUGGAGCUGGAUUUGAAUUAAGUUAAAUUUGUGUUAAUCUGUCAGUUUGUAAAUAGAACAUUGUAAAUUACUUAUUGUGCAUAUAUUUAUUACGUGCA